GUGAUGCUGUGAUCAAGUGACCAUGUCAUCUGGUUUUUAAAGCAGCUCUCAGUCAGAAUGAGUCAGUUUGUUAAGAGCACUCAGGAACAUGGCUUCAUCUUUUCUCUGCUUCACCCUCCUCUUCAUCAGCAUCCACACUGCAGAUGGAUUUUUAGAGUAUAGGGUGGAUCGCUGUGAAUUUAACUCCACUGAUCUGAAGCACAUGGAGUACAUCUACUCUCGCUAUUACAAGAAGAUAGAGUAUAUCAGGUUCAGCAGCAGUGUGGGGCAGUACGUUGGAUUCACUGAGCAUGGAGUGAACCUGGCAGCGAUCUGGAACAAUGAUGCUGCACGGCUGAAUUCAAUGAGACAAAUGAUAACGGCAUACUGUCACAACAACAUUGAUGUUCAUGAUCGGGCUGUUCUAGCUAAAUCAGUUCAGCCCAGUGUCAGAAUUAAGUCCAAGACUCCGCUUUCUGGACAACAUCCUGCCAUGUUGGUCUGCAGUGUCUACGACUUCUUUCCCAGUGAGAUCAAAGUGAGCUGGCUCAGAGACGGACAGGAAGUCACCUCUGAUGUCACUUCCACUGAAGUGAUGGCAAAUGGUGAUUGGUACUACCAGACUCACUCCUACCUGGAGUACACACCCAGGUCUGGGGAGAAGAUCUCCUGUGUGGUGGAACACACCAGCCUGAAUGAACCUCUGAUCACUGACUGGGAUCCGCCCUCCGACAAAUCAACUCCUGAAUCAACCAUCCUGAUUGCCAUCGGAGCCUCUAUACUGACCCUGGGUCUGAUCUUACUUUUGGCUGGAUUUUUUCUCUACAGGUGGAAAGCCCGAGAUCAUACUGUGUUUUUCAAUUAAUGAGGCAGGAUCCUGAUCUUAGUCCUGGCUCUUUCUGAUGGAAUAAGAAGCAGCUGGUUUGUGUGAAUGGGCGACUCUGAACCUGAUCCAUGACUAAACACGUGUAUAGAUUUUUAAUUAAUGUCUUCGAACCACAAUAAACAUAACAUUUCA